AUGAAAUGGCAUGGCUUCGGUCAUCAUUCCAAUGCCCCGAAUGCCGGAGAUCUCACAUUGUUUUGCCCGACAUGUCCUCAGCCUGAGAUCAACAUAUCCUUGUCAGGGAAUGAAACACUUGAUGACUGGAGAUAUACCCGGUCAUUUGUGAUGGACGGUAAUUUCAAAGCCAAACACUUGCAUCCCAUCAAGCCAUUUGAUGAAGUAUGGCUUGCUGAUGGGCUGGGGUUCAUGGCUGCUGACACUUUGGAAAAAUCUAGCUGCAACAAUCACCGGGCGGUAAAUCAAGCAAAUGCGGCUCGGCACAAGCUGGAGUCGACGGGUAUCGGGGGAGUUGCUUGUGCCCGCCAUGGCUGCUUUGUGCCUCAUGCGAUGGUUGAUUUCCAGAAAGGCGAAAGACAAAUGAACAUGGAUUACGCCCUUUGCAAGGCUGCCCAGCACAACAUGGAAGGCAUUACCAGGGCUGUCACCUUUUAUGACAUCAACUGUCAAUACAACAAGCACCUUCGGGUUUGGGUGGAUCGAAGCUGA